CAAUAAAUGAAGUAUAUCGUUUUACCUAAUUACGAUAUCAGCGGAUCUCUCGAGUUUAUGACUACACCACAUGGUUCUCUGGUAUCCAUUAAACUAGAUCAAUUUAAAGCAGUACAUCAAAGAUUGAUAUAUAGAUCUACUCAGUUUUUUAAAAUAUAUUCAUAAUGUCUGAUCGUAAAAGAAGACUAGAUGUUGACGGAUCUUCGUCAAAACGCAGCAGAGAAGAGGAAAUGCGAAAACAGGUCUUAUCGAACAGUCUCCAACUUCCUCCUCAAAUGGCAAUUACAAGUCUUAAAGAAACAUGCCCAAAAAUAAAUCCGUUUACACAAAAACCAUUUAGCGAACGUUUUUAUGCUAUACUUAAACGCAGACUACAGCUUCCAGUAUGGGAAUAUAGGGAUGAAUUUUUAAAGAUUACAAAAGAAAAUCAGUGUAUUGUCUUGGUUGGUGAAACUGGCAGUGGAAAAACAACUCAGAUUCCUCAGUGGUGCCUUGAUCUUGUUUCAAUGGGUCGACGUAAACAUGUUUGUUGCACACAGCCACGCAGAGUUGCAGCAAUGAGUGUUGCUCAGAGAGUAGCUGAUGAGAUGGAUGUUACUCUUGGACAAGAAGUUGGCUAUUCAAUUCGAUUUGAAGAUUGCUCAAGUGCUAGGACAGUAAUGAAAUAUAUGACUGAUGGUAUGUUGCUUCGAGAAGCUAUGACUGACCCUCUAUUAGACAGAUAUGGUGUAAUAUUACUCGACGAAGCACAUGAAAGGACAUUAGCUACUGAUAUUUUGAUGGGCUUAAUCAAAGAGGUUAUAAAACAAAGACCAGAUUUAAAGGUGAUUAUUAUGUCUGCAACCCUGGAUGCUGGAAAAUUUCAAGAUUAUUUUGAUAAUGCUCCUUUGCUGACCAUUCCAGGUCGAACAUUUCCUGUCGAAAUCUUCUAUACACCUGAACCAGAGCGAGAUUAUCUUGAGGCAGCUAUAAGAACUGUUGUACAGAUCCAUCUUUGUGAAGAACAAGAUGGGGAUGUUUUACUUUUUCUUACUGGACAAGAAGAAAUUGAUGAAGCGUGUAAACGCAUCAAAAAGGAAAUUGAUAAUCUUGGACCAGAAGUUGGAGAAAUGAAAAUUAUACCUUUAUAUUCCACUCUACCUCCACAACUUCAACAGCGUAUAUUUGAAAGUGCUCCUCCUACAAAGCCUAAUGGUGGAAUUGGUCGUAAAGUGGUGGUUUCAACAAAUAUUGCUGAAACAUCAUUGACAAUCGAUGGUGUAGUUUUUGUAAUAGAUCCUGGAUUUUCAAAACAAAAAGUGUAUAAUCCUCGUAUUCGUGUGGAGUCUCUUCUUGUAUCCGCUAUUUCUAAGGCUAGUGCUCAACAACGAGCUGGACGUGCAGGGAGAACAAGACCUGGAAAAUGUUUCAGAUUAUACACUGAGAAGGCAUAUAAAUCUGAAAUGCAAAGUAAUACAUAUCCUGAGAUUUUGCGAUCGAAUCUGGGUACUGUUGUGUUGCAACUUAAAAAAUUAGGAAUAGAUGAUUUAGUGCAUUUUGACUUCAUGGAUCCUCCUGCACCAGAAACACUUAUGAGAGCACUUGAGUUAUUAAAUUAUUUGCAAGCCCUUGAUGAUGAUGGUGAUCUUACAGAAUUAGGUUCUAUGAUGGCUGAGUUUCCGUUAGAUCCACAGCUAGCAAAGAUGGUUAUUGCAAGUACUGAUCAUAAUUGUUCAAAUGAAGCUCUUUCAAUUGUGGCCAUGUUAUCAGUCCAACAGAUUUUUAUGCGUCCAAAUGAUGCAAAGAAAGCUGCAGAUGAAGCCAAAAUGAAGUUUGCUCAUAUCGAUGGUGAUCAUCUAACAUUACUCAAUGUUUACCAUGCUUUUAAACAAAAUCACGAAGAAGCCCAAUGGUGUUAUGAUAAUUUUUUGAAUGUUCGGUCUCUUAAAUCUGCAGAUAAUGUUCGUCAACAGUUGGCGCGAAUCAUGGAUAGAUUUAGUUUAAAACGAACUAGUACAGACUUCAACAGUAGGGAUUACUAUGUUAACAUAAGAAAAGCUCUUGUAACUGGAUUUUUUAUGCAGAUUGCUCAUUUGGAAAAGACUGGUCAUUAUUUGACAGUGAAAGACAACCAGGUAGUUCAACUGCAUCCUUCUACUUGUCUUGAUCACAAACCUGAAUGGGUUCUUUAUAAUGAGUUUGUGCUCACAACAAAAAACUAUAUUCGCACAUGUACAGAUGUCAAAGCAGAAUGGUUGAUUCAGUUGGCACGUCAGUAUUAUGAUCUUCGAAAUUUCCCGAACUGUGAAGCAAAAAAGGUCUUAGAGCGUGUUGUUGAAAGAAUGGGAAAAGAUAAAUAAGAAUUUCUGUCAAACUUUUUCUCAAUCACAGAAACUUUGUCUCAGUCACAUGUUAUAAACAGAUAACAUAAAUAACUAAGAUACUCUGUGAUGAUCUGUGAUGGAAUAAAGCAGUUAUAAAUAAUAUCUCUUUCUGCACAAUAAUUUUGUGGAAGAGACAACUAACCCAAACCUGAAAGAAUUUUAUAUAUGGGUGAUAAUAAAA